UCUCUCUCUCUAACUCUCUCUCUGUGUGUGGGGGCGUGUUUGGAGUUGGGAGGGGAGGGGAUGGGGGCGAGGAGGUUCGCGGUGCUGCUGUGCGCGGAGGACUCGGAGUACAUGAGGAGGCAGUACGGGGGGUACCACGGCGUCUUCAGGGGAAUGCUGGCCGAGGAUGGCGAGGCCUGGGACGUGUACCGCGCCGCCGCCGGGGACCUCCCGGGCGACGGCGAGAUCGGGCUCUACGACGGCUUCGUCAUCACCGGCAGCUGCAGCGACGCCCACGGCGACGACGCCUGGAUCUGCCGCCUGAUCGGCCUGCUGAGGAAGCUCGACUCCAUGAAGAAGAGGGUCCUCGGCAUUUGCUUCGGGCACCAGAUAUUGGGGCGUGCACUGGGAGGCAGAGUUGAACGUGCCAAAUCAUGGGACAUAGGACUGAGAACCAUACAACUGUCUCCAUCCUCCAAGCGCUUCUCAUCACUCGAACUUCCUGCGCAACUCUCUGUGAUCGAAUGCCACCAGGAUGAGCUGAAGGAACUGCCGGCAAAAGCAGAGGUGAUAGCGUGGUCGGACAAAACGGGGAUCGAGAUGUUUAGCUAUGGGGAUCAUAUGAUGGGCAUCCAAGGCCACCCGGAGUACACCCGCGACAUUCUUGUUCACCUCAUCGACCGUCUCUUCCUCCGCGGCCUCAUCACCGGGUCGUAUGCUGAUGAACUGAAGGCCAGCAUGGGGGCGUGUGAGCCGGACCGGGAGGCAUGGAAGAGGCUCUGCAUCAGCUUCCUCAAGGGUGGUUUCUCGUAAUGAUUUCUUUGAUUGUCAAAAAUAAAGCGCAGCAAAAAAAAAACAAUAAUAAAAAAAAGUAGAAGAGGAGGAAAAGAGAAGGAGGGUAUUAGUUGUCUAUACCUUGGGAUAUUCUACGUUGCUUCCAAAGCGGCAAAUGAAAGCAGUGCAGAGAAGUUAAUUAAGAGCAGGAAAUGGGAGUUUAGCCACAUUGAUUGGCCCCCUAAUUGAAGCAUUACGUCUGAUAAUUAUUGAGAGGAGAGACGAAGCAAAAGUGGGCGAAGUCAACGAUCGAGAAUUGCGUGCGUGGGGGUGUAGUGGAGGCUUAGAAAUUUGGUUCGAGUUCGGCAAGCAUGCGUUGCUUUUUCCAAGUAGUUGACUGAGACCACCAUUUGUCAAUUUGAUGAGAAAACAUUACCUGGUUGCUGUA